CGCGAAAAGGUCUUGCGAGCAGCAAAUCCAGUAAUAAUUUUUUUGUCUAUAAAUUGGCCAGCAGAGGGCAACACGAAUCCAAUUUUUAUUCCUCAGUCGGAUAUGUCGUCACAGCAGAAUUUCCUUUUCCGACAUACGCAAUUCUAGCCGAGAUGAUAUGAACAUCAUAGCAUGAUAUUGUGAAGAAGUAUGAGGCAAUGGCAAGAAAUAUACUCUGUGUCCAACUGGAACAUACCAUAAGGCAACGUUGGCAGAAAGUGUUGUACAAAAGGCAGUCAUUUCCUGAUAACUAUGUGGAUCAAAGUUUCUUAGAGAAGUUGCGCAAGAAUAUCCAUGCGCGCAAGUAUCAUUAUUGGGCAGUGGUGUUUGAAUCUGGAGUGGUGAUACAACAAUUAUGUAACGUCUGUGUCUUUGUUGUCAUCUGGUGGUAUAUGGAUAUGGGCCUGUUGUCUCCCAAGUGGCUAUUUGGAGCUGGCUUGAUUGCCUCGCUGAUUGGUUAUGUACUCUUUGAUGCCAUUGAUUCAGGAUUAGAAAGAAAUCAAAGCGGCCAGACACGAUGGGGAGAUCUGAAGAAUUCUGUGGUAUUUGUGGCAUUCACCUAUGGCUUCUCUCCUAUCCUGAAGACCUUAACUGAGUCCAUCAGCACUGAUACAAUUUAUGCUAUGUCUGCUCUAAUGCUCCUAGGACAUUUGAUCUUUUAUGAUUAUGGGGCAAAUGCAGCUAUUGUGUCCAGUACCUUGUCCCUCAACAUGGCUUUCUUUGCUUCAGUCUGCUUAGCCUCACGGUUGCCACGGUCCUUACAUGCCUUUGUCAUGGUGACAUUUGCUAUCCAGAUAUUUGCCCUAUGGCCUAUGCUACAGAAGAAGCUCAAAGCUCAAACCCCCCAUUGUUAUAUGAUAGCUACCUUACUCUUUGCUUUAUCUACCUUAAUGGGACUACUAACCAUUUCAAGUGUUGGCACUAUUCUUUUUGUUCUCCUUUUGAUUGCCAUCUCAUGUCUAUGCCCUUACUGCCUCAUUAGGCUGCAACUCUUCAAAGACAAUAUCCAUGGGCCUUGGGAUGAAGCUGAAAUCAAGGAAGAUCUGUCCAAGUUCCUUAUGUAGACCAGGAGUCCACGCUUUGGGGUUCAAUUCUUCCAAUUAUCCUAGUCCCAGCUAAUAAAUGCUUUAUUAAAGCAAAUAAAGCAAGCAGAAAUGAAAUACCUUUGAAAAUGCCUGAGAACAAUUUAUUUACAACAUGAUUUUUUUAUCAACCACAUUGUGUAUUUAUUUCAGUUGAGCUAAUAGAUAUAAAACUAAUGCAGGCAGUCCUCAUUUAGUGACUGCCUCAUUUAGCAACUAUUCAAAAUUAUGAUGGUGAUGACAAACUAAAUUUAUAAUCAAUGCUCACAUAUACAAUGCUUGUAGUUCUGUAGAGCAAAGAAAAGCUGAACUAAGAGCGUAAGCACAGUUGUGGAUUCACUUAAUACUGUUUCACUUAACAGCUGCUUCACUUGACCAAGUUGCAGGUCCCAGUUGUGGCUAAACAAGGACUACCUGUGAAACUCAGUAAUUUAUUUAUCAAAUUUCUACAAUGGCUAUUUCAGUGGCCGGUUUACAAAUAAAAAUCAUAAAAAUAUAGUACAAUUUUUUGGAGGUGGGAUGAGGUUUUAUGGGUUUUUAUGUUGUGGAUUUUUAAUGUUGUAAGUCACCUAAACUGUGAAUUGGAUGGCCGUAUAAGUGUGUUUAAUAAAUAAGUAAUGUUAAAAACAGAAUUAAAACUAAGGUUUUAUAUUAUAUUUUUAUAUUUUUACAUUAAAAGUUAUAAGGCAGAGAGAGUGAUCUUAAGCCACCAACCAGCCCCAAGGUUGUAUGACAUUCUUCAACCCUCCAUGCCAGUUGUCAGAGUCAGGUCUUGAAGCCCUUUUAGAUUGUGUGGAGAAUGGGGGAAGCCCAUUCUAUUCUAUGCACUGGGAACAAAAACAGAGAAGUCUGUCUUCCUAGACCGCCUCCCCCCUCCCGACAAAAUUAUUUAACUGAUGGGGUCUGCAACUUAUCUUCCCUGUGGGAAGAGUUGGGGUGCAUUGAUGAAAUAAGGAUGAGACAAUUCCUCAUCUUUAAUGAGUACAAUUAUAUAUUUAAAUAAAUGUCAGGUUUGCCAAGUUCAGCUUGGUGCCUCCCAGGCACCCUGCUGUCAAAGGCUAGAAGGGGGGGGGAGGAAGGAUAGAUGGGCAAUAAAGCUGUGUGUGUGUGUGCUGGGAAAUAAGGAGGGGGGAAUGAUAGGUGAUAAAGACCAGAGCAGCUCAGAACCAGUUUGUACCAGCAUCCAAGGCCAGGCACCCUGAGUAAGUAUGUGGAUUACCCCAAAACAUCUCAGCUUUCUCAAAACUUUUUGGCAAGUUUCAAAGACAGACUGGUCACGAGGAGGGCUGGGAUGAUGGUAAACCUUUAUGUAUCUUUUGAGAACGGGAAAUCCAGAGCUAGCCUGACUUUACUGUACCCAACAUCUUUUAGUAAAAGAACCUUUUACUUCAACCAAAUGGAGUCAAGGGUUUUUCUUUCUUCAAUUGGGACAGGUCUGACAUUGAACAUAAAUUUGUCUCCUGGGGGCUUACACGAACAGUUAUGGCAUGAUAUGGAAGUGGUUUGCCCUUGUAUUAUUCCUGUUGUUUUUCUUUCAAUUAAAGUUUAUUUGUCAGAUCAUCAUUUGCACCAAAUCUGGCAUCGGUCACCAGCUAUAACAAUCAAGUAUCUGAAGAGAUAAAUCUAAGAUAAUAUUCCUGUAAGGCAAGGGUGUCAAACUGGCAGCCUGUGGGCCGGAUGCGUCGUGUGCAAGCCAUGCCCACCCCGGCUCCACAAAGGCAAAAAAAUCACGAUAUGUCAUGUGACGCGAUUGUGUUUGACACCCAUGCUGUAAGGUAUCCCUUAUGCAGUUAAAAGUGUAAGAUGUCUGUUGUUGAGAUACGUAACUACUAAUUAAAAUAGUUUUAGAUCACAAUGAUUCCUGCCCUGAGCAACCCUAUAAUUCUAUAACCUAUUUUAGUAAUUUUAUUCAUUAUAAUUUGGCACUGCAGAUGUUCUGGUUAAAAUUUCAACCAAAUAUAUUAUUUUCAAAGCCAGAACCAAGUUCUGGUUUGGUCAUAAGUAGAUCUAAAUCAGGCCUGAUUUUCUUUUUUAAAGAGUAAAGUUACAGCCUUCUUGAAAGCCAUGCUGAUGAGCACCUCCAAGUCUUGCCACCUAUAGGAGAUUUCUUGCUCUCAUUCUGAUUCUUUAUGAGAUUAAUGCUAUGCAGGUCUACUAUGGCACACAAGAAUUUCUAGGCUUGGUGGUGGUUUGUUCUCCAAGCUUCUGAAUAUUUCAUCACCAGACUAGGUGACAUCCUCAGCAGGACUUUGGUUGAAGUGUCUUGUUUCAGUUCUUCAUUGCUUUUAUUAGUCUUGUGGUCAGUGGGUCAUGUGACCUGUCAGCUGGUCAUUGUGUGUGAAAGUUACCAAGUGAAGAGGUGGUCAGUGCUGUCAUUGGUUGGUCGCUCAAUUAAUAUGGCUCCUUAUGGGUUCAUAGGCUGGCUCCAAAUCAACAUGUUUGUUGUUAAAUCGAUUGGUUGAGUACUGGGCUUCAAUGAAUAGGCAUGCAUGGCGUGUGGUGGCACCAGAGGGCAGGACAAGAAACAAUGGUUGGAAACUGACCAAAGAGGAUCCGGUUUGCUUCGUGGCAUCACAGGCUAGGGAAAAACGGGGCUCCUCUUCCCACAGCUGAUUUCUCCCUGUCUGGACCCCUAAAAGGGUCUAAAGUUACCCCAGAGAGACAAUGAAGAAGGAAAGAACCCCUGUUGAUCACAGAAAGAUGGCAGUCAAUCUGUUUGAUCCAAGGAAAGCCCUCUAAACCAGCACGGGAAAGACAAGCUGCAAUCAUGUGAUGAGUCAGAAGCUACUGACAACCAAAGAAAGAAAGCGUUAUUUAGCAAAUUGUGAGCAUCAUGUUUGGAACUGGGUGAGACUGUUUUUCUUUUUUCUACUAUUUGGCAACUGAGUCCCUGGAAAAGAAAUUCCCCAAAUGCAACAAACAAACAAACCCCCAAACGUGAGAGGGAAGGGGAUUUUUGACCCUUCCCUCCAGAGAAACGAAAGUUGUGAUUUAAUCCUUGUUUUGGGGGACAGAAACAGAGAAGAAUACAAUAUUAAAUUGGAAAUAAUAUAAAGACACAGCUUUCACAAACUUGGCAAUUUAGAGAAUUCUUAAAACUUUUUUGAAAAAAGAUUGGGUGAAGAAGAGACAGAAAAUACAGAGCAAGAAGGAGGGGCAAUGGCAAGACAACAGAGACAGACAAAAAGUAAUAAGAGAAUAAAAUCUAAAUAUAAGUAAAGAAGAUGGAAAAGGAAAGUGGGAUUCUCUCAAUGAACAUAAAUGGAUUGAACUCCCCCUCAAAAAA